GUGUGGACUGGACUCAGGUUGCUGGUGUCUGACCCUCCUAGGUGGGUCACAUUUUCCCUGGCUGCUUCCUCUUUCUUCACACACUGCUCAUGGGGAAGUCCCUACUGGGCACUAUAAGAAGCCUCUGGGCUCUAGAAAGAAAGCAGUUCUGCCAAGAGGACAAGAUGAGGUGCAGCCUUGCCUUCCUGCUGGCCCUCUGCUUCCUUCCCGGCCUUGCUGCUGGGACUUUGGAACCUCUAAUCUUUACUACAGCUCCAGGCCCAGCUCAAGAUCUGACUGCACCUGGCUCAGAAGCUCCACUGGCCACAUCUUGGGCAGAAGGUGAUGCUGUGUCCCAGACAUUUUCCAAUUUCACCGGUUCAGUGAGUGACCGUGGGAUCUGUCAGUGCUCCGUAUCCCUGCCAGACUCUACCUUUCCUGCAGACAGAGUGGAACACUUGGAGUUCACAGCUCGUAUACUAGCCCAGAAGUUUGAGAAAGAGCUUUCUAAAGUAAAGGAAUAUGUCCAUUUAAUCAGUGUGUAUGAACAGAAACUGGUAAACCUGACUAUCCGAGUAGAGGUCAUGGAGAAGGAUGGCAUUUCUUACACUGAGUUAGAUUUUGAGCUGAUCAAGCUGGAAGUGAAGGAGAUGCACAAGCUUGUCAUACGGCUGAAAGAGAGUUUCGUUGGAAGCGCAGACAUUGUUGACCAGCUGGAAGUGGAGAUAAGGAAUAUGACUCUCCUGGUAGAGAAGCUGGAGACAUUAGACAAAAACAAUGUCCUCACAAUUCGCCGGGAAAUCUUGGCUCUGAAGGCCAAACUGAAGGAGUGUGAAAUGGCUAAAACUGAACUUGUUCCUGCUACCCCACCUCCUCCUGCUCCUGGGAGCUGCAGUCAUGGAGGUGUGGUGAACAUCAGCAAUCCAUCUGUGGUUAAGCUCAACUGGAGAGGGUUUUCCUUUAUAUAUGGUGCCUGGGGCCGAGAUUACUUGCCCGAGCAGCCAGAGAAAGGACGGUACUGGGUUGCACCUUUAAAUACAGAUGGGAAGUUACUGGAAUAUUACCGACUGUACAACACACUGGAUGAUUUGCUGCUGUAUGCAUCUGCUCAACAAUAUCGGAUUGCGUAUGGUCAAGGGAGUGGUACAGCAGUAUACAACAACAACAUGUAUGUCAAUUGGUAUAACACAGGGAACAUCGCCAAAGUUAACCUGACCACCAAUGCAGUGGCUGUGUCUCGACCUCUUCCUAAUGCUGUCUAUUCUAAUCGUUUUUCUUAUGCUAAUGUGGACUGGCAAGAUAUUGACAUUGCUGUGGAUGAGCAUGGGCUGUGGGUGAUUUAUGCAACUGAAGCCAGCACUGGUAACAUAGUGAUUAGUAAACUCAACGACACCUCGCUUGAGGUGCUAAACACAUGGGUUACCAGGCAGUACAAACCAUCUGUUUCCAGUACUUUCAUGGUAUGUGGGGUUCUCUAUGCAACUCGCACUCUGAACACCAGAGCAGAAGAGAUUUUUUACUACUAUGACACAAACACAGGGAGGGAAGGCAAUCUAGCCAUCAAGAUGCGCAAGAUGCAGGAAAGGAUUCAGAGCAUCAACUAUCACCCUUUUGACCAAAAGCUUUAUGUCUACAAUGAUGGCUAUCUUGUGAAUUAUAAUCUUAUCUUCCUACAGGAACCCCAGGAGCCUGUGUAGGUGUUAGGGUAAAGGAAAAUAUAAUAUCUAUUGAAAAUGGUCUUCUUGUUUAGACAUUUGUAGGAGAAUCUAGAAGUGAGUUUCUUUAGAAAUAGUAUUUAGUAGAGACAGUUCCACCACACUAGAGACUUAGGAUUUUUUUUUUCUCCCUGAUUUGAUGCGCUGUCUUGAAAACCACCUGCCUCUUCACAUGCAUUUACCAAUUACAAUUAGGUUCUUCAAGGAUAGGAUUAUCAGAGGCCAAAUGUAGUGUGGGUCUAAUGAAACCUGUAGUGAGGUGGCAACAGGAAAUUAAGGAAUUUAGUAAAGGAGAACUUAGUGUGGAUUAGGGGGAUUAUUUGUACAGGAAUAGUUGGUUGAUCACUAGUACUUGACUAGGCAGCCCCUUUAAUUCUUCCAUACAUGAAAAGAGUCUGGGAUUUAAUUAGGUAGGUUAAUACUGGAAGGUACAUUAGGGGACUGUAUUUUCAAUGUUGUUUUUUUACUAGCUCCUGGAACAAUGUCUUGUCUAUUUUGGACAGGUAACAUUGGCAUGUUAUGUUUUAUCUGCUAAAUGCUCUGAGUCUGCUAGCAUUUUAGAGGAUAUUUUAUGAAUUACACUGUACACUGCAAAUCAAUCCUGGGAGUAUUGGGCUUUCAUUUCUCUCAUUGUCUGCUGACAUGAUUGUUAGUAGAACCCCCUACCUUGUGAUUCAAUUCUCAAAGCAGCUGAUAUGUUUAGAACCAGGCUUACCAACCAGUUCCCUUUUUCUACUGCUUGUUAUUUUAUGUUAAUUAGUUUUCUAAGGAGUAGAUGUAAAAUGAUUUUUUUGUCUAAUUGUCAAGUUUGUUUACACAACUCCAAGGUUACAUGCAAAUCAGAUGCCCAUGAUAAAGUGAUAGGAUUUCUAGUGAUACAAUGAAGUCUGUGAAAUGUCAUCAAGACUUGUAAUAAAUAAGUCAUGCCAAUUAUUUCAUGCAAUUUUUGUCUUUAAACCUGGACCUUAUAACAAAGUGAAAAUUUAAUGUUUUUCUAGAAAGACAUAUAUAACAGCCACUUAAGGUAUCUGAUAAAUCAAGUCAGGUGUUGAGAACCUUACAAUGUAGGCUCUCCUAUAACAUCUGGUAUUUCUAAUCAAUGUACAAGUCCUAGUCAAUAGGAGUCACCCUUUAAAUGCUGUACUCCUCCUUUAAAAAUAAUGAUUAAGGGUUGGAGAGAUGGCUUAGCGGUUGAGCGCUUGCCUGUGAAGCCUAAGGACCCCGAUUCGAGGCUCGGUUCCCCAGGUCCCACGUUAGCCAGAUGCACAAGG